AAUAUCCCACGACCCGAUCUCAAACAAAUCUACGAACUACUCUAGCUGUAUGCCUCGAAUGUGUAGGCUCCUCCCUACACUUUUGAGAAUAAAAAAAUUAACUAAAUUUUUUCUUCUGAAAGAAAGAAAAAAAAAAGUUAUAGGGUAAAUUAGACAAAAGUAAAAUAAGAAGGCAGCCUCCAUUGGAACUGGACCAAGAAAGAGGCAGGGCAGCAAGCGACGGCAGAGUUUCCGCUUCUCAUUGCAAAAAGCUCCAAAGAAAAAUGGAAGAAGCAGAGAUGGUAACGCCAGGAGAAGUGUUGGGAAGAGCCAUUGAGCUUAAAGCAGGGAAAGGAGCCUACGUUGAGCCUCACAACAAGACCAUCUAUGCUUCCCUUACUGGCUUCCGCCGUAUCCUAUCCCCUCCUCCUGACUCUCCUGACCAGAGGCCAACUGUGGAAAUAACUGGUCACAAAGCCCAUGGUCCUGUUCCAGAGCCUGGUUCUGUUGUCAUUGCCCGAGUUACUAAGGUGAUGGCUAGGACAGCAUCAGCUGAUAUUAUGUGUGUUGGUCCAAAGUCUGUCAGAGAAAAAUUCACCGGUAUAAUUAGGCAACAGGAUGUUAGAGCAACUGAAAUUGACAAAGUGGAUAUGCACUUGUCAUUUCGUCCUGGUGAUAUUGUCAGAGCUGUGGUGCUGUCUCUUGGAGAUGCACGGGCUUACUACCUAUCAACUGCUAAGAAUGAACUGGGUGUUGUGUCUGCCGAGAGCUCAGCUGGCGCAGCAAUGGUUCCAAUAAGUUGGACGGAAAUGCAGUGCCCAUUGACUGGCCAAAUCGAGCAAAGGAAGGUUGCAAAGGUUGGAAGCAAUUAUGUAUCACAAACACUGCCCUCAUUUUUUUUUUCCUCAAAUUCUAAAAGUUUAGGGGGGGACGGGGAGUGGGGAAAUGGGGCAAUUUCACAGGCUUUUUUAGUUAGAAUCGUUCUCUUGAAAGCUUUAACUUUCUCUUUCCAUGCUGUAAACUAUAUACUGGUUGAGAAUUUGAAAUAUGUUUUGUUUGUUUCAGUUAUUCUUUUUAAAAGUGUUUUUGGAAUAGAUGUCCAAAACAUGCCUUGUUCUUCUUCUUCUUCGUUUCUACUUCUUCUUCAACCUCUCACCUUUCCCUCAACUCCAUCCCCCUCUCCUACCCUUCUGUUUUACCAAAAUCCCAUCCAUAACCCUUUCAAAACUUCUCUAAGAAAGCCCUUUAAUAACUCCAAAAAGCUCUACCUCUCAAAGCCUCAAACUAUCCCAUUUGCUCUCACAGAAUCAGACUCCCCUAAAUCCCUGGAACCCAACCCUCAAACCCUUCUCCAAGAAGUUUCUGACAGCUUUGAUCUUCCAUCAGAUUACUUUUCCCAGUUACCAACAGAUCUUCGUUUGGAUUUAAAUGAUGCAGCUUUUGAUCUAUCAAAUGGACCUGUGAUUGAUGAGUGUGGUCUAGAGUUGGGAGAAACAUUAUUAAAACUCUCUAGAGCUUGGGAACUAGCUGAUACUUCAACUUCCCAUACAUUGGCAAGCAAACUCCCUUUGUUGGAGAGCUCUUUGACUGACAGUGGAAAAUCAGCAUUUGGAAGGCGUUUGGUAGCUGCUGGCAGGAGGUUCCAGGCAACGGGACAGUAUGGUCAAGGAGAACUACAAAAGAUUGCGAAAGCAAUGAAUGCAGCUGGAAGACUUCUGUCUGCAAGUUCAGUAUCUGCGACAACUGAUGAACAACCAAAAAUGGAAACUAGGACGUUUAAGUUUGGAGAACUUCAGGUUGAGGUAACAUCUGAGAAAGCUAACAUUGGAGCUGCAAUAGGUUUUGUUUUCGGGAUUCUUUCAUGGCAAAUAGCUCAGGGCAUACAAAGCAUUCCAGAGAGUUCAUUAGAAUAUGCAAAUGACAAUGCUCUGCUUCUAGCUAAGUCUCUAAGGGGAGCGCUACUUGUUCUUUUCUAUUCAUCCACAAUCUUGUCAGUUUCAACCACAAUAGGACUUGUCUUACUCGGAAGACAACUAAAUUCCACCAUGGAUUCCCUCAGUUGCGCAGCCUCCGACCUCGUCCCCCUCCUCUCCUCCUCCAACAAUGCAACAGCCCUCGCCUCCUUCCUUUGCACCCGUUUUUCAACCAUCUCCAACCAACUCUCAGACACCACUCACGCCAUAGACAACACUUUUCUCCUCUUCUCCGCCUACCUAGUCUUCGCCAUGCAACUGGGCUUUGCCAUGCUCUGUGCUGGAUCAGUCAGAGCUAAGAACACCAUGAACAUCAUGUUGACUAACGUCCUUGACGCAGCAGCCGGUGCUCUGUCUUAUUACCUCUUUGGUUUUGCCUUUGCCUUUGGUACCCCUUCUAAUGGUUUCGUUGGUCGCCACUUCUUUGGGCUUAAAUCUUACCCUUCACCUUCCAGUGAUUAUAGUUUUUUUCUUUAUCAAUGGGCUUUUGCCAUAGCUGCUGCUGGGAUUACUAGUGGCUCCAUAGCCGAACGAACCCAAUUCGUAGCUUACCUUAUUUACUCUUCCUUUUUAACCGGCUUUGUUUACCCAAUCGUUUCACAUUGGUUUUGGUCUGGAUAUGGGUGGGCCAGCGCCACCCGAUCGGAUAACCUUUUAUUCGGGUCGGGUGUGAUUGACUUUGCUGGUUCAGGUGUCGUUCACAUGGUUGGUGGCAUCGCCGGUUUAUGGGGUGCGUUGAUCGAGGGCCCAAGAAUCGGCAGGUUUGAUCGGGCAGGUCGGUCUGUGGCGUUACGUGGGCAUAGUGCCUCGUUAGUAGUGCUCGGGUCGUUUCUUCUGUGGUUCGGGUGGUACGGAUUUAACCCGGGGUCCUUUUUGACCAUCAUGAAAGGGUAUGGUAGUGGUGGGGGUUAUUAUGGACAAUGGAGCGCAAUCGGUAGGACAGCUGUCACAACAACAUUGGCUGGGUGCACAGCUGCUCUUACUACCUUGUUCAGCAAGAGACUAUUAGUUGGUCAUUGGAACGUAAUUGACGUUUGUAAUGGUUUGUUAGGAGGCUUUGCUGCAAUCACCUCAGGGUGUUCAGUGGUAGAACCAUGGGCUGCAAUCAUAUGUGGCUUCGUAGCAGCAUGGGUUCUAAUUGGAUUCAACAUGCUUGCAUCCAAACUCAAAUAUGAUGACCCACUAGAGGCAGCCCAAUUACAUGGGGGCUGCGGCGCGUGGGGUUUACUCUUCACGGGAUUGUUCGCCACCAAGGCAUACGUUAACGAGGUCUAUCCAGGGCGGCCGGGAAGGCCAUACGGGUUAUUCAUGGGUGGCGGAGGGAAGCUAUUUGCGGCUCAGAUCAUUCAGAUUUUGGUCAUAACAGGAUGGGUCACGGCCACAAUGGGGCCACUCUUUUAUGUGCUGCAUAAGAUGAAGUUGUUAAGGAUUUCUAGAGAAGAUGAAACUGCUGGGAUGGACUUCACAAGGCAUGGGGGAUUUGCUUAUGUGUAUCAUGAUGAAGAGGAUCUUUCACUGAGGCCAGGAUUCAUGAUGACAAAAAUCGGACCUACAAAUGUAAGUCCCUCAUCACAGGGUGAAAAAUCACCCUCAAAUGUAUGAUAAGUUUGUGUUUUGUCCUUGUAAUAGUAAACCUUAGUGUGUGCUCGGUAAAAGUAUGUAAAAUAAUUACUCGACUUAAAUACUGACUUUUUUUCUUGGAAAUGAAAUAUCAUUAAGUACUAAAGUCAUGGACAUUUUGAUUAACUUGAUUUGCAGAAACCAAAGUUUGGUUUCAUAAACAUAACCUGCCUAGUCCUAGACUAUGCUAUUAAAGUGGGA